UUCCCCCAGCUCCGAGGAGCUUCCUGGAAAUGUCCUCGUUAUCACUUCCCCCCGGCGGCUGGGGGCUGGGAGCGGGCGGUCCCCUCCGCCCCCGGCUGCUCGGCCAGCGCUCGGGCUCCCAGGCGCCGCGGCGGCGCAGUGCUGGCUGAGCCGAGUCCCGACUCGCAGCUGCGCGAGCGCCGCGCGCUCAGGUCCUGGCCGCGCCGCGCCACCGUCCCCGCCCGCGCCUCCGCGUGCUUUGCAAUGAGGGUCCUGGCUGUGCGCUGCGGGGCGCUGCUGGCGUGCCUCGCCCUGGUGCUUCCCGUCUCAGAGGCAAACUUUUUGUCAAGGCAACAUGCUUCACAAGUCUUGGUUAGGAAACGUCGUGCAAAUUCUUUGCUUGAAGAAACCAAAAAGGGUAAUCUUGAAAGAGAAUGCAUUGAAGAACUGUGUAAUAAAGAAGAAGCCAGGGAGGUCUUUGAGAAUAACCCUGAAACGGAUUAUUUUUAUCCAAAAUACUUAGGCUGUCUUGGCUCUUUCCGAGCUGGAUUAUUCACUGAUGCACAUCAGUCAACUAAUGCUUACCAUGACCUCAGGAGCUGCAUCAAUGCCAUUCCAGACCAGUGUAAUCCCCUGCCAUGCAAUGAAGAUGGGUACAUGAGCUGCAAAGAUGGCCAAGCUGCCUUCACUUGCAUUUGUAAACCAGGCUGGAAAGGAGAGAGGUGUGAGUUUGAUAUAAAUGAAUGCAGAGAUCCAACAAAUUUAAAUGGAGGUUGCAGUCAGAUUUGUGAUAAUACACCUGGAAGUUACCACUGUUCCUGUAGAAGUGGUUUCACUAUGCUUUCUAAUAAAAAGGACUGUAAAGAUAUGGAUGAAUGCUCUGUGAAGCCAAGUGUUUGUGGCACAGCUGUGUGCAAGAACAUCCCGGGAGACUUUGAGUGUGAAUGUCCUGAGGGCUACAGAUAUAAUCCUAAUUCAAAGUCUUGUAAAGAUGUGGAUGAGUGCUCAGAGCACAUGUGUGCUCAACUUUGUGUCAAUUACCCUGGAGGCUACUCUUGUUAUUGUGAUGGCAAAAAAGGAUUCAAACUUGCGCAAGACCAGAGAAGUUGUGAGGUUGUUCCAGUAUGCCUUUCCCUGAACCUUGACAAAAAUUAUGAAUUACUUUACAUGGCAGAGCAAUUUGCAGGGGUUGUUUUAUACUUAAAAUUUCGUUUGCCAGAUGUCACCAGAUUUUCAGCAGAAUUUGACUUCCGGACAUAUGAUUCAGCAGGCAUCAUACUAUAUGCAGAAUCUCUUGAUCACUCAACCUGGCUCUUGAUUGCACUUCGUGAUGGAAAGAUUGAAGUUCAAUUUAAGAACGAGUAUGCAACCCAAAUCACAACUGGAGGCAAUGUUAUUAAUAAUGGCCAAUGGAAUGUGGUAUCUGUGGAAGAAUUAGAAGAUAGUGUCAGUAUUAAAAUAGCUAACGAAGCUGUGAUGAAUAUAAAUAAGCUUGGAAAUCUUUUUAAACCUACAGAUGGAUUUCUGGAAACCAAAAUAUACUUUGCAGGAUUACCUCGGAAAAUGGAAAAUACACUCAUUAGACCGAUUAACCCCCGUCUUGAUGGCUGUAUACGAAGCUGGAAUUUGAUGAAACAAGGAGCUUUGGGAGCAAAGGAGAUUAUUCAAGGAAAACAAAACAAGCAUUGUCUUGUCCAUGUGCAGAAGGGAUCCUAUUAUCCUGGUUCUGGAGUUGCUCAGUUUACCAUAGACUAUAACAACAUAACCAGUGCUGAGGGUUGGCAAGUAAAUGUGACCUUGAAUAUUCGUCCGUCUACCAGCACUGGUGUUAUGCUUGCCUUGGUUUCUGGUAACACAGUGCCCUUUGCCUUGUCCUUGGUGGACUCUGCCUCUGAAAACACUCAGGAUAUUCUGAUAUCUGUUGACAAUAUGGUAGUGUCCCGAAUAGAGGCCAUAAAUCUGUGUUCUGGUCAACAAUCUCACCUAAAAUUCAGAGUCAACAGAAAUGGUCUGGAGUUACACCCUCCACUUAAAGAAGGCAUCAUCUACUCUGAAGAUCUUGAACAGCAACUUGCCAUAUUGGACAAAGCAAUGAAAGGAACAGUGGCCACUUAUCUGGGUGGCCUUCCAGAUGUUCCCUUCAAUGCCACACCAGUGACUGCCUUUUAUAAUGGCUGCAUGGAAGUGAAUAUCAAUGGUGUACAGCUGGAUCUGGAUGAGGCCAUUUCUAAACAUAAUGAUAUUAGAUCCCACUCAUGCCCAUCAGUUUGGAAAGACCCAAAGAAUUUAUAAGGCAUAUUUUCUCUGCUAAUAAUAUCUGUUUCUCGAGUGUAAUUGUAGUUAUAUUUCUAU